UCCCUCUCUCAGCGACUGGUGUAGCAUCACUCGUGACCCCAUCAUCCUUGAAGCCGAUACGUCCUCUGCUUCUCUGGCUCUGCGGUCAACUGAACUCAUCUACCUAGAGCGCUCCACACGACGGCGGGACUCGACCAUCACAGAGCCUUUGCAUCUUCUCCAGCAUCGCCUUUAGCCUCUCUUGCCAACCCUCGGUCAGAAGAGACACCGAGAGUGACCCAGCCAAGACUUGUUUUCGUCUCAAGCAGCAACUUCCCUUCCCUGUCGAAGAGCGACCGAGCAAAAGCGAAGAUGGGCAUUCUCACACGUCAACCAGAUUCCUACGUCAAAAAGAAACAGUACACGUUCGACAAGACUCUUGGCGAGGGUAGCUUUGGAGUGGUCAGGAGUGCUACUUGGAACACCGCAGAACCGCCGAUUGGGGUUGCUGUCAAGGUCAUCAGCAAGAAAAUUCUCAAAGGUCAUGACGAGAUUGUGCAAGGAGAGAUGGAUGUGCUCAAGGGGCUGGACCACGCGCAUGUAGUCAAGUUUCUGGACUGGUUCGAGUCCAAAGACAAGUACUACUUGGUGUUCGAAGAGGCGACAGGAGGAGAGCUGUUUGAGCGCAUCUUGGCAAAGGGUCGGUUCACAGAGCUGGAUGCUUGCAGGGUCAUCAAAUCCGUGCUGGGAGCGAUCGAGUAUCUUCACAGACAUCAGAUCGUUCACCGAGACAUUAAGCCCGAGAAUAUCCUGUACAGAACAAAGGCGGAAGACGCAAACGUCGUGCUGGUUGACUUUGGUAUCGCGCGACAUCUGAAAGGCGAAGACGAAGUGUUGACAAAUGUGUGCGGAUCGUUUGGCUAUGCUGCGCCUGAAAUUUUGGCAAAGAAAGGGCACGGCAAGGUGGUCGACAUGUGGAGUCUGGGUGUCAUUACAUACACAAUGCUCUGCGGCUACACACCCUUUAGAUCUGAUGAUCCUGCCAAGCUGGCUGCCGAGACGCAGAGGGGAAAGAUCGAGUUUCACGACCGAUACUGGAAAAACGUGUCGCAGGAAGCAAAAGAAUUUAUCAAAGGCUGCUUGACUGUGGACCCUGCAAAGCGACUUACCAGCGAGGAGGGCCUCGCACAUCCUUGGUUUGAAAAGUUCCAGGACGCUGCCGAAGCGUCACACGAUAUCAGUGCGGGCUUGCGAGAGAAUUACAGGAAACGUUGGAAGACGGCCAUCAGUGCAGUCCGAGCAUCGACUCGAAUGGCCGCAAUGGGUCGAGCGGCGUCGCAAUCGUCUUUAAAAGAAGGAGACAUAUCUAAUACCACGUCGAGCGAGCAGUCGGCCAGUGCUAGCGAUUCCAUUUCGCCGGAAGAAGCAAAGAGAAGAGCGGAAACGACGGACAAAGUCGCUCCUUUGACGAAGAAGGAGCUCUACUCGGACUCGAGCGACGAGCAGUUGGAUGAUGCGAGCGAUGCAAAUGGCUUUGUGGACGCUAGCACUGGAGAGGACGAGAUUGGGGAGAGCAAGAAGGAGGCCGACAAGGAUCCAGGCGGAUUGGCGGGCCUUGUCAAGCGCAUCCUUUGAGCUUGACGUCGAGCCAUUUGCUCGCUUCUGUACCUCCCUCGCAAUCACCUUCAGCUCAAGCACGUUACGCGCGCAAUGCUAAAGUCCCCUUCGAUAUCGCUUGCACGCGCUGCCCAACCUCCAUCUGCACAGCUCGCCCAAGCUAGUCUCGGUCUCCAGGCUUGCUUGCUGGGAGCAGCUUGAACCCCAAUGCUUGCCACUUGAUUCGCCCCCCUCUCUUUUCCUCUAGCCUGUACCACUAGCGAACCACGAAUCCUCUUCUUUUGUUUUUCUGUCCAUCGGGUCAAAUCACAUGCGCACGGGACUUCUGACGGAAAUCAGGAACUGCGGGGAUGAGCCUUGCGAUAGCUGUCUCAAGUCUGGAUGAGCUUGUUGGUGCACAACAUGCUCCGGGCCGCCGUCCCUUCUUGCUUGACUUGCAGUCACAAGUCCAACUUGAGUUUUGAAUCAAGAAUUCAAUCUCGCACUACGUGCCGAGGGUCAAGAAUG